AUGGAUGGUGGACUGCCCACUGUUGGAGGAGAUGGAGCCCUUCCUAUUGAAACAGUCUUCACUCUGCCGUCCCCGCUGCCCUCCUUCCCGCCUGGUGUGAAGCUCAUUCCCUCUGGUUUCACUUUCUGCAUGCGUCGGCAGUCUACCGUCUUGGACGUUUUUCAUGGUGGUUAGUGUUUUCAGGUGGGGGAUUCGCCAAGGGAAGCAUAAACCUCGGGGGCCUGGAGGUUCGUCAGUGCUCCUCUUUGACCAAGGUCUGGGCUGCCCUCGAGGGGGGACCGGAGAACCUCGGCGCCACCUUCUUCAAGCCCUCGCCGGUGCCCGCCGGAUUCUCUCUCCUGGGUUGCUACGCCCAGCCCAACAACAGGCCUCUUUUUGGUUGGGUCCUCUGCGGGAGAGACAUCGACGGGGGGGCCCUCCGGAAGCCGACGGGCUACACGCUCCUCUGGACCAGCGAGAGCUCCAAGAUCAGGAAACAUGGCGACGGCUACUUCUGGCUCCCGACUGCGCCGGAAGGAUACAGAGCCGUCGGGAUACUUGUCACGUCCUCUCCGGCCGCCCCCUCGCCGGAGGAAAUCCGCUGCGUCCGGUCGAACCUUACCGACGAGUGCGAGAAUGACGAGUGGGUGUGGGGGGACCAAGACGGAAUCCAGGUGUACAGUCUGAGGCCCACCGUCAGAGGAUCCGGCGCCGCCGGCGUAUGCGUGGGCACCUGCAUGGUGGGGACGCCGCCGUUGUGGUGCCUGAAGAACACGGCGCCGCUGUCUAGGUCCAUGCCGGGCAUGACCCAGAUCGAGGCGCUGGUCCGAGCUUACUCUCCGUGGAUCUACUUCCACCCCGACGAGCCCUACUUGCCGUCGUCGGUGGGCUGGUUCUUCGACAACGGCGCACUCCUGUACAAGAAGGACGCACCGACGCCGGCCGCCGUAGACUCCGCCGGGUCGAACCUCCCGCAGGGCGCCAACGCCGGCGAGUGCUGGUUAGACCUCCCUGCGGAUGAGGCGGCUAGGAAUAGACUCAAAACGGGCGACCUGCAGAGCUCGGAGGCCUACGUUCACGUGAAGCCAAUGCUGGGGGGGACGUUCACCGACGUGGUGGUGUGGGUCUUCUACCCCUUCAACGGGCCGGCGAGGGCCAAGGUCGAGUUUCUGAACAUAUCCUUCAAGAGGAUCGGAGAGCACAUCGGCGACUGGGAGCACGUCACGCUGCGGGUGAGCAACUUCUCCGGCGAGCUCCGGCGGGUGUUCUUCGCCGAGCACAGCUCCGGCGAGUGGAAGGAAGCCUCCGAGGUGGAGUUCCAGGGCGGGAACAAGCCGGUCGCCUACGCGGCCCUCCACGGACACGCCGCGUACCCCCACCCGGGCCUCGUCCUCCAGGGCGGCGCCGCCGCCGGUCUCGGCGUCGGCAUCAGAGACGACACCAAGGGAGGCGGCCGGAGUCUGGACACCGGCGCGAAAUAUCGCCUCGUCGCCGUUGACCAUCUGGGCUCGGUUGUCGGUCCCCCCUGGUUGAAUUUCCUGGGGGAGUGGGGCCCAAAGGUCAGCUACGACUUCGCCGAGGACGUGAAUAAGGUGACUAGGCUGCUCCCCCGGAAGCUCCGGGAGAGGUUGGAGAAGCUCCUGAAGAGCCUCCCUCCCCAGGUCCUCGGAGAGGAAGGACCGACCGGACCCAAGGAGAAGAGGAACUGGGCCGGCGACGAAGGAUAG